AUGGCCCAACCUUUACGAGAUUCUCAAAGGUGACUUUUGAAUAACUGGGUAUUAUCUUUCAUUUUCUGGCUCAGAAUGCAGCAAGAACAAGAUAUGGAAGUUGUGCGUAAGAUUCACAUAGAUUACACUUAUUACAGACAUAGCGCCCCAAAAGAUGUUAUUUAUUACCGCUGCUCAGAUAGGCGUUGUCCUGCAAGGCUUCACUAUGAUACUCAGACGAAAGAAAUUAGUUUUAAAAAUAAUCAUUUGAGCCCAGCGAUUCAUAGGCCUUCAAACUCAAAAAGAGCCAUCACUACCCAGCAGCUGCUGAAAAUGCCUGACCACAAAAUGAGGGCUCCUGUAGUUGUAACCCAAGUAAUCCCAUCUCAAAAGGUGAGAAGUGAAGAAGAGUUAAAUUUGCCGAAGAAGAGAGAAAGGUUUGUCACAUUAAUCAAUGGCUCGCCUCAAGAAAUAUUUAUGAUCAGAUUCUUUGUGGACAACGUUGAUUCUGCACACCUAUUUUCAAGAGAAGUGAUAUAUUGCUUUGCAUUAAUUUUUUCUAGCCAAAAAGGGAUUUUAUAUGUGAAAAUCUAAAAAUUUCACAUGAAGAUAAUUUUUGAUGGUCAGAACUAUAAAGAAAUUAAAGCAGCAUAUAAUAUCAAAAUGCAUUGGAAAUAAAGUCAAUUGUUUUACCACAGGAGUUCAGCUUACCUUUGCAAAUUCGCAAGAUCUAAAAGUUGUGAUUGAGGUGGAGACUGUACAAGACCAAAUUUCAAAGGUUAUUUUGUUGAUGAACCAGGUUUUUGGAAAAGAAAUUGAUGUUGAUAUCUUCAAGAAGCAUUAA